AUGACAAGCUUGCAUUCGCAUAAGAUACGCGACACUGAUGAAGCGUAUUAUUUCUCGAAUUUUAUCACACCAGAGGAAGAAGCUUUGUUGAUACGGAAGAUCAAUGGGUCUCCGUUACCGAAGUGGAAGCAACUUGCAAAUCGACGCCUCCAGAUAUGGGGAGGCAGCGUGACCGCUCAAGGGUUACUGAUACCGGAACAUAUACCUCCAUUCGUCAAUCAGUAUCCUGAUAUCGUUGGACGUAUCAGAUCCACAGGUGCAUUUGGUUCUUCACCACACGGUGCUCCGAAUCAUGUUAUCAUGAACGAAUAUCAUCCCGGACAGGGCAUUAUGCCGCAUGAAGAUGGACCUGCAUACCAUCCUGUCGUCGCCACACUCUCACUCGGCUCGCACGCACUUUUUCACUACUACCGGUACAAAUUCCGAGAGGACUGCCCGGAAGGCGAAGAGGAAGACAGCAGCAGUUCGGGGAGGGGUCGAGCGAUCGAUCCCGCUCCGAUCUUGUCUGUCUUACUCGAACCCCGCAGUCUGGUCAUCACCCGAUCGUCCUUGUACACGUCGCAUCUACACGGAAUCGAAGACGUGGAGGAAGACAUCUUUUCACUCCCUGGCGGAGAUUCGUUCGGUCGAUCGCUACGCAUCGCGAACGCCGAUCUUCUGACAGGAACCACAGAGCGCGACGUAGUCAUGGGCGGUGGAGUGUUGAAGAGAGAGACAAGAUACAGCCUGACCUGUCGCGAUGUCGCGAAAGUCGCAACAAAAUCACCUUUCCUGAAGCGUUGA